AUUUUCGUCCAGUUAGUUCUUUCAACUUUAAUAGUAAUCUUAGCGGUAGUUUUCCCCACUUUGACCCAUCCUUUAGGAAUAGGUUUGGUAAUUUUAAUACUAAGCAUCUUAUUAGCAGUAAGUUUGGGCCUAAUUAUGACUAAUUUUUGGGUAUCUUAUGUACUUAUCUUAGUUUUACUAGGAGGUCUGCUAGUAAUUUUUAUUUAUAUUUCUUUAUUAGCUCCUAAUGAACUUUUUUCAAAAAAAAAUAUCUUCAAAAUUACACUUAGAAGUUUCUCUAUAUUUAUUGUACUGAUAUUUUCUAGCUUAUUUUUUUGAGUAACAAAAAGAGAAUCCUAUCUACCUACUAACCCCACAGAUAGAGAGGGUAUACUAUGACUAAAUUCUCUCUACUCUCAAGAUUUAAGAGGAGUCACGUUAUUUUUAAUCUUUUAUCUUCUUUUAACUCUUAUUGUUGUGGUCAAUAUUACGAAACAUGACUAUUCUUCUUUACGUUCUAACUAA